AUGGUUUUGAGAGUUGUGCAGCUAAAGGGGGAUUUGGAAGCUUUGGAGAUGGAAAAAAAGCAACAACCGAUUACAGCUGGACUCCGUUUACUGAGCUCGAGCGCAAUGAGUAUAAUCAGUAAAACGACAAUAAUCGAAAUUGAUUAUAAUGCAUUGCUGCCACCUGGUUUCAGGUUUCAUCCUACUGAUGAGGAGCUUAUCACCUUCUACAUAGCUUCCAAAGUCUUCAAUGGCACCUUCUGCGCUGUCCACAUUGCUGAGGUUGACCUUAACAGAUGCGAAUCUUGGGAACUUCCUGAUGUGGCGAAAAUGGGAGAAAGGGAGUGGUAUUUCUUCAGCUUGAGAGACAGAAAGUAUCCAACUGGGCUGAGAACUAACAGAGCCACCGGCGCCGGUUACUGGAAAGCCACCGAAAAAGACAGAGAAGUUUACAGCAGUACUAGUGGUGCACUUCUUGGAAUGAAAAAAACACUGGUUUUCUACAAAGGGAGGGCCCCACGUAGGGAGAAAACCAAGUGGGUCAUGCAUGAAUACCGCCUCGACGGCGACUUUAUUGAAUUUGGACGAAUGUUUAAGCUUUUGAAGGAUGACGUUGCUGUUGAUAAUAUGUUCAGUCCUUCCAGUUUAUUGGUGAAGUGA